GGUGACGGGAAGAAGGCCCUGCCGAGGCGCCGCCCUUUCCCUUUCGUCGCCGGGCUGCUGUUGCGGGUGCACGUUGCAGGCCUCUCUGCCGCGCCGCCCCCCUCCCUACGAGAUGCGUUACGUCGCGGCCUACCUGCUCGCCGUGCUCGGCGGCAACGAGUCCCCCACGUCCAAGGACCUGAAGAAGAUCCUGGACAGCGUCGGCAUUGAGACGGACGACGAGCGCGUGAACAAGGUUAUUAGUGAGCUGAAUGGAAAAAACAUCGAGGAUGUCAUUGCUCAGGGUAACGGAAAACUUGCCAGCAUGCCCGUGGGAGGAGCUGUGGCUGUCUCUGCUGGUGGGGGCUCGGCUGCCCCUGCUGGUGGCGGUGCUGCCCCUGCUGCAGCUGAGGAGAAGAAAGAAGAGAAGAAAGAAGAAUCUGAAGAAUCUGAUGAUGACAUGGGAUUUGGCCUAUUUGAUUAAUUAUUUGUUAGAGAAAUAUUAUUAAAUUUGUUGUUUUAAAA